CACACAUCAUAGUUUUUUAUUCUUAUUAAACGCUUUUAGAAAAGGGUUAAGCUGUCCUAAAAACUUGAGAAAGUCUGCAGCGCCGAGAUGCAAGCAGUUGAGGACACGGAGUCCUCCCUCACGGAUAGAAUAGAGUCGAUGGAAGUGAGGGAGGAGGAUAAAACGGAAAAACUUACACAGAACGAAGAGGGGGGCGAAAAAGAAAAAGAGAGAACAGAAGAUACAUCUGAGACUGGAGAAGAGACAAAUAAAACGAGUGACGAAGAUGUAGAGAAAGACAAGGACACCAUGGAGGAAGAGGAACAAAAAGAUGGAGGAAAUGUGGAUGGAGAGAUAAAUGGAGGUAAAGGAGAAACACAGUUGGAAGAAGAGGAGUGGGAAAUCCCUUACAGUGACGAGGAGAUGGAGAACCCCAAGAACUGGACACCACCUCCUGAGGAGAUCAAACGUCUGUACGAGCUUCUAUCGAAAGGAGAGAAACUUGAACUUAGCUGGGUACCCCUCCCUCGUAGACCCCCUACUCCACCGCGCACCCCCUCUCCAGAGAGAAAUGCCGAAGACUCACAAGAGGACCAAGAAGAGGAGAGUGAGCGCAAGGCACCGACUCCAAAUGAGUUUGACUUUGAUGAGGAACAAACGGCAGUCACUCCUAAGACUGCCUUCAUCAAUCGCCGAAGAACACCAGGGUCUUCAGCCCGCUCCUCAGUCAAACGAGAGGCUCGGCUAGAUAAGGUUCUUUCGGACAUGAAACGCCACCGCAAGAUAGAGGAACAGAUCCUCAGGACAGGUCGUGACCUUUUUAAAACUGAUAAACCAAGACCAGGGCCUGCAGUAGGGGAACCUUUGUCCCCAAACAGCCAGAAAGAGCGGGAAAAAGAGAAAGAGAGAGACAGCGACCCCAGUACUGUGUUCAGUCCCAGGCAAAGGAGAUACUGAGCAAAACUGGUAAAGACUCAAUCGGAAACAAGUCCUCAUUUUCAGAGGCGUUAUCAACUUGAAUUUUA